AUGGCAAAGAGAAUUGCAGAGAAGGAGCUGACUGACAGAAACUGGGAUCAGGAGGAUGAAGCUGAGGAGGUGGGAACAUUCUCGGUGGCGAGCGAAGAGGUCCUGAAGAACAGAGCUAUCAAAAAAGCAAAGCGCCGAAACGUCGGUUCGGAGUCUGAAAGUGGAGGAGCUUUUAAAGGGUUUAAAGGCUUUAUGUUGCCUUCUGGAAAAGGAGGAGGUGGCUUCAGUGGAUUUGGCAAUGGUGCAGGAAUAAAGCCUUUGGAAGGGUUGUCUAAUGGAAGCAGUAGUGUCUCUAGCACUCCUCCCUUCAGCAGUUUGAAGACCACCUCUGAAACACCAUCAGCAUUUGGGUCCCCGAUGUCAAAUGGUCCCACUGCCACUGCGUUUGCUGAGAAGAAGGCCGCGAGCCCAAAAGCCAACGGUGGCAACCAGCCCUCGUCGUCGGGCUAUGCCUCGAGCCCAGGGUGUGGCUCUGGAGCCUACCACAAGCAGCUGGCUGCCCUCAACUGCUCCGUGCGAGACUGGAUAGUGAAGCACGUGAACAGCAACCCCCUCUGCGACCUGACCCCCAUCUUCAGGGACUACGAGAAGUACCUGGCGAGCAUUGAGCAGCAGCACGGAGGCAGCAGUGACAGUGCUGAAAGUGAAAGCAGCAAGACGCCUGGCCCUCGGGCUGUUUCUGCCUUUGGGAGUUCAAAGCUGCAGCAGGGCUCAGCGUUUUUGUUUAACAACAAACCUGAGGAUGCCUCGGACAAAAAACCUGAAGCUGCAUCAGAGAAAAAAGACCCAUCGUUAGGAGCUGCACCAACUGUCUCGUUUAAUUUUGGCAAGAGUGUUGACAGUUCUGUUUUGGGUUCCCUUGGUUCAGGAACACUUAGUAGUUUCUCCUUUUCUCCUGGGAAUUCAGGCUUGUUUGGAAAAGAUGCAAACCAGGCAAAGUCUGUCACUGCAGUAUCCACCAAUUUGUUGGAAGCUCCGGCAGAAAGUGGCAGUGGUGACGACAAAGGAGGAGAAGAGGAGGAAGAAGAGCCACCAAAAGUCAUUGUUAAUGAAAUAAAAGAGGAUGAUGCUUUCUACUCUAAGAAGUGCAAACUGUUCUAUAAAAAGGAUAAUGAAUUUAAAGAAAAAGGGGUAGGAACAUUACACUUAAAACCAGCAGGAAAUGAAAAAACUCAACUCCUAGUCCGAGCAGAUACCAAUUUAGGAAAUAUACUGUUGAAUGUUCUAAUUCCACCUAAGAUGCCAUGCACAAGAACCGGAAAAAACAACGUUCUUAUAGUUUGUGUUCCUAAUCCACCGAUCGACGAGAAGAAUCCAACUGUUCCUGUCACUAUGUUAAUAAGGGUGAAAACAAGUGAGGAUGCAGAUGAGUUGCACAAAAUCCUACUGGAGAAAAAGGAGGCUUAAAUAAGUUGCAGUCAGUGAUUUGAAGAAUUAUUGCCAAACUGCUGCUGCUCUUUUUUUUUUUCUUCCCUAACUUCACUUGAACAUUUAACUCUUUACUCUGAUAUUAAGAACUGUUAUAGGAAUUCUGGAAAAGUUAUGUGAGGAAAAGCUAAACUAGCUAAUAAAAGCUUUAAUAGAAUACAAGUGUUGGACUGUGCUCCCUCAUUUUU